AUGCCGGCGCUCGAUGCGUACAAGAAGCAAGGCUCAGAUGAAGAUGGAUCGGAUGGCCAGAUAGGCUUCGGCCUGCAUCAUGAGACGGCUCGUGUCGCAUGUGCCAUUGUGGCCAACUGUCGUUGGGAUGGCUUCCUCUCCGAGGAUAAGGCAGCUGGUGCCAGGCCUGUUCAGAUUGGUCCAGACGACCUUUUGCUCGGAAGCAACUACUACUUCCACGUCCCGAACAGCGUUGGCGACAUGAAUCCCGAGCCGUAUCCUAUCGUCCCUUCCUUUGCACAUUUCCAAUUCCCACACAAUAACUUGCCGCCCACGUGGAAAGCAUCAUCAAUCCCGCUCGAGACCACAACCAACUCCGUCCACGCGCGCGAUGUCUCGUGUCGUAUUACCUUGUCCACGCUUGGUACCGAGAUAGCACACCUCAUCCCGCGCCGCGAAAAUUCCUGGUUUGCUAGCAAUGAAAUGGGUCGGUACUCGUCGCCAACCCUGGCUGCCACAGCCACUCUCACCGGUGACGCACGCAAUGCUAUUUUGCUCUGUUCCAACAUUCAUUCUACCUUUGAUCAGCGUCGUUUUGUCUUCGUUCCGAAGCAUGGCUCCUGGGUGAUACACGUUAUUUCCGGUACGCCCAAGGACGAGUUACCCGCUGUCUAUCACAAUGCCCAGCCACAGCAGCUAUCAGGUAUAGCAGUCGAAUAUUUGUUUGCGCGCUUUGCGUGGACAGUGCUCUCUUCAGGCAUGUUUCUACACACUGGCGUCUCCCGCCGUCUGAUCACUCUGCGGCAAGAAGACGGUGUGUCAGGUGUGAGCGAUGUGUCUGGGGAGGAGUGCCGCACCUUGUUUGCGCCUAUUUUGGGGUCCAAGAGUUGCAACAACAGCCCAAGAAAGCGCGUACGGGAGGAUGAAGAAGCGGCGGAUAUAUCAGAGGAGGACGACGACCUCGACGAGCUUGACGAUUCUGACGCUUCUGUGUGGGAUACGCGCGGGCGGUCCCGGAAACGGGCAUUUUAUGGUUAG